UAUUGUUUUUGUUAUUAUUUUAAUUUCUCCCUUUUCUUAUUCUUUCCGUAAAAUGGGCUUAAUAGAUAUUCUUAACUCAGAAAUUUGUGGGUUAGGAACCAAACCAGUGCGAACUCAGCUACAUCGCCGGAGACCUACCAGACCAGAGCUCCGGUCAGGGAUCGACGACGGGGUUCAUCUACUCUAAGGCGAGAUCUAGUUGGCCAGGGACGGUUGAAGACCGACCUUAAAGGUUUCGCAGAUCUCCAUUUCUGUAUAUGAUUGCUUAGGCUAUGAGCUUACAAUGAGGUCUCUUCAGAAAGCUCAUAGCCAUGGAAAGCGCCCUACGGUUAUAUAUUUGGUGUUUGCUGCUGCAUUUUUCGCUCUUCUCGUUUUCGGAAUCCAAUUCUCUUUGUUCACAGGUGCUCCUUCCAAUUCAAAUCAAAACAAAUUUGAGAAGUUAGAUCUGAAGACUCUUCAACAUGUCCGAAUUCUUGAGGAGUUUCAGUCCAAUGUUCAACAAUGCGUGGCAAACAGAGGCCUUGGACUCACUGCUCAUAUAACUGAUCAUUGUAACUUGGUCCUUAAGUUUCCACAAGGCACUAACAGCACCUGGUACAAUGAGCAAUUCAAAGUUUUUGAACCAUUGGAGUACAAGUACAACAUUUGUGAGACACUUCUACUUUGGGAACAGUAUCGUAACAUGACUACUGUGCUCACUAGAGAGUAUCUAGAUGUUCGGCCGGAUGGGUGGGAAGACUAUGCAGCAAAAAGGAUAGCACAGUUGGGAGCUGAUAAAUGCUACAACCGGACACUAUGUGAGGAACAUCUCAAUUUGAUUUUACCAGCAAAACCCCCUUUCCAUCCUAGACAGUUCCGCACCUGUGCAGUUGUUGGAAAUUCAGGAGAUCUUUUAAAGACUGAGUUUGGAGAAGAGAUUGAUGGUCAUGAUGUUGUAAUACGUGACAAUGAGGCUCCUGUUAAUAAGAAAUAUGCCAAGUAUGUUGGGCUGAAGAGGGAUUUUCGACUUGUGGUUAGGGGUGCUGCUCGUAACAUGGUUGCCAUUCUAAAUGGGUCGGAUACUGAAGUACUCAUAAUCAAAAGUGUGAUACAUAGAGACUUCAAUACAAUGAUCAAGAAAAUUCCAAAUCCAGUUUAUCUUUUUCAAGGAAUUGUGCUACGUCGUGGUGCGAAAGGAACUGGAAUGAAAUCCAUAGAACUAGCACUCUCCAUGUGUGACAUUGUUGACAUUUAUGGUUUCACAGUUGACCCUGGCUAUACUGAAUGGACAAGAUACUUCUCUACACCCAGGAAAGGGCACAACCCCCUGCAAGGAAGAGCAUAUUACCAGCUCCUAGAAUGCCUCGGUGUUAUUAGGAUCCAUUCACCCAUGAGAUCCAAGAGGAAACAGGAUUGGGCAGAUGUGCCGACUAGAGAAAUGAUACAACAAGCUCAUGCAGCGGCCUUGUAUUUGAAGAGGGGUGAAACUGGCGAUUUGGGUCAGUUUGGUAGUUGUAAGGUGUGGGGGAAUGUGAGCCCUGAAAGCGAUGGACCUGUGUCGGGGUCUCCAGAUAUGAGCAGUGUAAGAAAGUCAUCAAAUUACAGUAAAUGGGAAGUUAUGCCUUUUGAGAGUUUGAGAGAAGCAGCACAGGAACACUAUCAUCAAAUGGAGGGAGUGUCUCUAUACAAAAUGGAUGGAAACAAAUUGGAUGAUUUAGUAUGCGUGAGACACUCGUAAAAAGAUGGCAUUCUAACCAUGGCGGCCGCGCCUAACAAGGUACUCCCAUUUUUGUUUUCUGGAAUUUCAAGUGAAAGGGCAUGUGAAUUGAGCUUUUGUGCUGCUGCUACUCUGCAUGUUCGGCUAUUUUCGGAUAAACUAGCACGAGUAGCAGCAGCAGUGGCGGUCAUCGAAACCUAUAAUCAUUUUAGUGAGGAUUUCAGGGAAGGGAUAUAGUGUGUUACAUGGAAAAUACAAUAAACUUUUGUCUGUAAUUUUCUUCUUAGUUUUGGUGAUGGGGUCAUAUCUAGGUUUGAUAUUGUACUAAGUAAUGUAGCAAUUGAAUUCAAUGAAAGUAUAUUAAUUAUAUUACUAUGAUCUUAAAAA